AUGUUCUCGCUCGCCGCGGACGGAUGGGGCGCGCGCGCAGACGGAGCCGCGCGGCGAGCGCCCUCGCACCACCGGGCGCGCGACGACCGCCACAGCUCGUACUACCGGCACGAGGAGCCGGCGGACGGGCGGCGGUACCACUCGCGCGCCGGCCGCGGCUACGGCCGCGACGACGCGUACUACGGCGGGCGCGACGACGCGUACUACGAUGGCCGCGCCGUCGGCCAGCACCGCCGCCGCGGCCUCGUCGACCCGUACCAGCACCAGCCGCCGUACCUGUACCGGCAGGCGCUCUCGCCGCGCCUGUCCGCCUCGUCCUCGUCCUCGUCCUCCUCGUCCUCCUCCGAGUCGCCGUCCUGGGCCUACGCCGCCGCCGACGACGACGAGCGCGGCCGCCACCGCCACCGCCACCGCCACCGCCAUCGCGAGCACGGCUGGGAGCGCGAGCGCCAGUGGGAACGCGAGCGCGAGUGGGACCGCGAGUGGGACCGCGAGCCGUCCUACUCGGCCUUCGGCGGCGGCGGCCCGCUGUACCGCAGCCGCAGCCUGGGCCGUUGA